AUGAAUGUUUUCUUGUGGAGAAGUAUGGGUAAGAACGUAAUAAACAUCCAAAAUUUGACUGAGGGCAAGAAUAAAGGAAAAGUGUACGGGUUAGGCAAUGUUAGUGACCCAUGUGUACAUAGCAGAGAAGACCCUGAGAUUGAAAAGUUGAACUUAGUUAUCAAGGAGCUCGUUAAGGAAAAAGAUGAAGAAAAAGAAAGGUUCAAUGGAAUUAUUGCGAGGUUGUUGGCUGCAAAAGAAAAAGAUAAGGUGGAUAAAGAUGCUAUGCUUGAUAGGAUGUCACAAAUUGAAACUAUGUUAACAACUACAGUUCGAAGAUAGGCUAUAAACACUUGGUUUUGAAUGUUUA